ACAAAACGUAGGAGAGUGAGGAGAGUAGAGAAUUGGGAAGAAGGAAGGUGGUUGAGGGAUAGGGUUAGGGUUAGGGAUUGGGAUUGAUCAAUGGCUGGGACCGGCAUUCACCCAUACCACCAACAAUGGGCUCCAGCGGCUGCGGCUCCAGCACCUCCUCCGCCACCAGCUGCUGCUCCUCCGCCUCAUUCCACCGACGAGGUUCGAACCAUAUUCAUAACAGGCCUUCCCGAAGACGUGAAAGAGAGAGAACUCCAUAAUCUUCUUAGAUGGCUGCCUGGCUUUGAAGCUUCUCAACUCAAUUUCAAAGCCGAAAAGCCUAUGGGUUUCGCUCUCUUCUCCACUCCACACCAAGCACUCGCUGCCAAAGACAUUCUUCAAGAUUUGCUCUUCGAUCCCGACACCAAGUCUGUUCUCCACACUGAGAUGGCAAAGAAAAAUCUCUUCGUCAAACGAGGAAUAGGAGCUGAUGCUGGUGCUUUUGAUCAAAGUAAACGCUUGAGGACAGCCGGGGAUUAUACACACACCGGAUAUACAACUCCAUCUCCUUUUCAUCCUCCCCCACCAACUGUUUGGGGACCACAUGGAUACAUGGCUCCACCUCCUCCUCCUCCUCCAUAUGAUCCAUAUGGAGGCUAUCCUGUUGCACCUGUACCAAUGAAUACUCCAACUCCCGUAGCAGCGCCUAGCAGUUAUGUUCCUGUUCAGAACACAAAAGAUAACCCUCCUUGCAACACUUUGUUUAUUGGGAACUUAGGAGAGAACAUUAAUGAGGAAGAAGUGCGGGGUCUUUUCUGUGUUCAACCUGGUUUUAAGCAAAUGAAGAUUCUAAGACAGGAGAGGCAUACUGUUUGCUUCAUUGAAUUUGAAGAUGUGAAUAGUGCCACCAUUGUGCACCGAAAUCUGCAAGGUGCUGUUAUCCCAAGUUCUGGUUCUGUUGGCAUGCGGAUACAAUAUUCCAAAAAUCCAUUUGGAAAAAGAAAAGAUACCAACCUUCCUAUUGUUGUUCCCAGUGUCAAUGGAGCUCCACCAACAAUGACUUAUCAGUAGCUUGAAGGGGAUGUACUCUGUUCUUUAUGCUCCGACAAAUAUUACUACAUAAUAGGAUGCAUCUUGCAGCUGUCACAUGCAUCCAUUGAUUGUCAAGUCAUCGCCAUUAGCAUCCUUGCUCAUGUGAAUGAAUGCACAGUGGCAUCAUAUACAUACAUUUGGCUAUGUUACACUAAUCGGACAUGCAUUUCUUGGCAGCAUGUGUUGGUUCCCAGAUUACUUUUGUAGGGUUUAGAUUACUUUAUCACGUGUAGAAUUGAUGCAUGGGUCUAGAUUAUGUUUGAAUUGUGUGCUUUAUGGUCAUAUAUACUUUCUGUGUACAUUGACAUUAGGAAUGCUUAUUUAAACCGGUUUUGGUUCCUAUUUUCCAAAUUUAGGUUCAUCUGUUGCUUGUUUGACAUGACAUCUUAUGGUAAUUGCUUACUUUGAUUUCAUGGCACAACUUGGCUAGGGUCUGGAGAUAUAAGGAUGUCAUACCAAUGGUCAUCUUGCCCUUUUCACUAUCAUUACCAUUGUCAUUACACCAUAUUUUUUGUCCGAGUCAGUCAUUCAUGACUGCAUUUCAUCAGAAAACUGAUGUUAAUGCUUUGAUAUUCAAGCUAUUCAGAGCUAUUUAAUGGAAUCCCGGGAGUUAUAUGUUGUCUGAUUUAUACAGGAUUUGAUAACGACAAAGCUUUCCUUUCAUAAUGGGAGGUCCAUUUCUGCUGCCACCAUGUUCUUGCAGGUAAAUUUUGUUUGCUUGGGUGAACUACCAUCAGAUUAGGUUGGAACUUGUCAAUUAUCAAGUGAAGCGGCCUUUGAAUUAUAGGGUGCCUGAGUUUCUCAUUAAACUGCUGACUCCCCUUGUCAUCGACAUGUUAAUUCUGUGCUAGUUUUCCAAAUCUGCUAUUGUAGAAGUAGUUUUAUUUGUGUAGAAGUGACUGAUAGGUUAAGAAUAAAACUAGAGGAAAAUAGAAUGGUUGUUGGGAUCCUCACCCUGCUAUGAGUUACAAGUUUUGGAUCUUUUCACAGUCGACUCUCAAGCUCGGUACACACCUUUCAUUAUUCUAAGUUUUGCCAUGGAAAUAGCAACUUCAUAUCUAGUUUUUGGGGAUCGUAAGAGAGGUAUCCAUUGUGCAACCUCAGUAGUAGAAAUCGAUUCUACACAAUAUAGAUGUAGCUAUUGGAUUCAUAUAACUUGCGCCAACAAUUUAGGUUAUUUAAUGGGCAUUUUGCAGCUGACUGUUUCCAGCGCUUCUGCCUUUUUCAGGGCAACGGAAAGCACCUAUCGACUUUAUAAAUUUUUUUCAAGUCUUUUACUGUUGAUUGCAGUUCAAUAUUAUUUUGGGUAGAUUACCUCUUUGGCCUUUUGUAAAAUGAUAUUCUUGAUUUUAUAAAUUGCUAUAGAAUUUCU